AAAACUGAACACUAACUAAGAGAAUGCUAGUAUAAUACUGUAGAAGGGGUUCGCUAAACAGAGGAUCUUUCUAUUCUUCAUUUAUUAUGUGACGCUGACAUACACUAGCCUAAUCUCUCUUGAAGGAGAAAAGAGAAUCAAGCAGAAGCCAUGGCAGGAGGAGGAGGAAGCGAUCGCCAAACAGAGUCGCUCCUCGCGAAGCUCUCAGAGCCCUCCUUACACAGUUCAUCCGAGGAGCACCCGGUCAAAAGAACUGGAACGGUAUGGACGGCAAUGGCGCACGUCAUCACGGCGGUGAUAGGCUCCGGCGUGCUGUCGCUGGCGUGGAGCGUGGCGCAGCUCGGCUGGAUCGGGGGCCCGGCCGCCAUGGUGCUCUUCGCCGGGAUGACCGUCAUCCAGUCCUCCCUGCUCGCCGACUGCUACAUUUCCCGCGACCCGGAGCGCGGCCUCGUCAGGAACAGGUCCUACGUGGACGCCGUGAGCCUUUACCUAGGCAAGAAGAGCCAGAUGUUCUGCGGAUUCUUCCUUGGCUUCAGCUUGUUUGGGAGCGCCGUGGUGUACACUCUCGCCUCAGCCACUAGUAUGAGAGCGUUUCAGAAAGCUAGCUGCUACCACAGGCAAGGCCGCGGCGCACCGCCGUGCUCCGCCGCUGCCGAGGGAGAUGGCUAUUACAUAUUCCUCUUCGGCCUCGCGCAGGCAGUGCUGUCGCAGAUACCGGACUUCCACAACAUGGCAUGGCUCUCCGUCAUCGCCGCCGUCAUGUCCUUCUCCUACUCCUUCAUCGGUUUCAGCCUCGGCGCUGCCAAGGUGAUCGAAAAUGGAGGGAUCAAGGGCGAAAUCGGAGGCAUUCCCUUGGCAUCCCCGACGCAGAAGGUGUGGCGCGUCGCCCAGGCCAUCGGCGACAUCGCGUUCGCCUAUCCUUACUCCUUGGUUCUGCCAGUAAUACAGGACACGUUGAGGUCGCCGCCGUCGGAGAGCGAGACGAUGAAGACGGCGUCGAGGGCCAGCAUCGCGAUCACCACCUUCUUCUACCUCGGCUGCGGGUGCUUCGGCUACGCGGCCUUCGGCGACGACACCCCGGGGAACCUCCUCACCGGCUUCAGCGACCACCACUGGCUCGUCGGCCUCGCCAACCUCUGCGUCGUCCUCCACCUCCUCGGCGGCUACCAGGUGUACACGCAGCCGGUGUUCGCGCUCGUGGAGCGGCGCUUCGGCGGGGACGCCUACGCCGUCGACGUUGAGCUGCCGCUGCUCGGCGGCCGGCGUCGUGUAAACUUGUUCAGGCUGGGCUUCCGGACGGCGUACGUGGCGGCGGCCACGGCGAUGGCCGUGUGGUUCCCGUACUUCAACCAGGUGGUGGGGCUGAUCGGCGCAUUCACCACCUGGCCGCUGGACAUCUACUUCCCCGUGCAGAUGUACCUCGCGCAGGCGAACGUGGCGCCGUGGACAGGGCGGUGGUUCGCCCUCCAGGCCUUCAGCGCCACCUGCUUGCUCGUCUGCGCCUUCGCCUCCGUUGGCUCCGCCGUGGGGGUGCUCGGCCUGGAGAGGAGCUAGAAUGCUAGAUCACCUCUGCCAAAACAACAGAUGUGGAUGCAUGUGCAGAAUUCAAGUUUUAUAUGUUAACCAACAGGCAAAGAGGAACUCAUAGGGCCAAAGGGGGACAAUUAAACCAGAGGUAUUUAAGCAUCUGUGACAUUAGCACUAGUAAAUCAAGAGUUUUAUCUC